CUCGUCCUCUCCAGUGAAGGCCAUGGAAGUGAUACUGAUGAAGUCCAUCAUGUGGGACCUGCAGACUGUACUUGAGGCCUUGCAGGUCAUUCAAAUGGCGCCAUCUCCUGGAGGGAAGAGCGAACUGCUCUAACAGUUCAUAAAGCGGCAUGCAUGCGCCCGGCAGCGGAUUUCGGUCGAGGAGAAUGCGUAAAGAGUCCGGACAGCUGCAAGUUCAUUUGUAACCACUGAGACCCUUUGAACGGCUUUAACGAUGGCUGGACUCAAGUACCUGAGUGGUUUUGGGAAUGAGCUCUCUUCUGAGGACCCCCGCUGUCCAGGAGCUUUACCUGAGGGACAGAACAGUCCUCAGGUCUGUCCCUAUGGCCUCUAUGCUGAACAGCUCUCUGGCUCUGCCUUCACCUGCCCGCGGCCAGCUAAUAGGAGAAGCUGGUUCUACCGCAUCUUGCCAUCUGUCAAACAUAAACCCUUUACCGCAGUGCCCUGUGGAAACCUAACAGAGAACUGGAACGAAGUGGAGCCUGACCCAAACCAGCUGCGAUGGCUGCCGUUCACCAUCCCCAAAUCUACGGAGAAGAAAGUGGACUUUGUGGCUGGCCUGCACACUGUCUGUGGUGCUGGAGACGCCAAGUCUCGCAACGGCAUCGGCAUCCACAUGUACACCUGCAACACCUCCAUGGUUGACAGGUGCUUCAACAACUCGGAUGGAGACUUUCUGAUUGUCCCCCAGCAGGGCGAGAUCUUGAUCACCACAGAGUUUGGGAAAAUGAUGGUCGAGCCGAACGAGAUCUGUGUCAUCCAGCAAGGGAUGCGCUUCAGUGUGGAUGUGUUUGGAGAAACCAGAGGCUACAUACUGGAGGUCUAUGGAGCCCAUUUUGAACUCCCUGACCUGGGACCCAUAGGAGCCAAUGGUCUUGCCAACCCAAGAGACUUCCUGUGUCCAGUUGCUUGGUACGAGGAUCGUAAAGUAGCCACAGGUUACACCGUCAUCAACAAGUACCAAGGAAAGUUCUUCGCCUGCCAACAGGAUUUCUCUCCGUUCAAUGUGGUGGCUUGGCAUGGGAACUACACACCGUACAAAUACAACCUGAAGAACUUCAUGGUUAUCAACUGCGUGGCCUUCGACCAUGCGGAUCCAUCUAUCUUUACCGUGCUGACUGCCAAAUCCACCCGACCAGGUGUGGCCAUCGCCGACUUUGUCAUCUUCCCUCCUCGGUGGGGUGUUGCCGACCACACCUUCCGUCCUCCGUACUAUCAUCGUAACUGCAUGAGUGAAUUCAUGGGUUUGAUCCACGGCCACUACGAAGCCAAAGAGGAGGGCUUCCUGCCUGGAGGGGCCAGUCUCCACAGCAUGAUGACCCCACACGGCCCGGACGCUGAGUGCUUCGAGAAGAACAGCACGGCUGAGCUCAAACCUGAGAGGGUGGCUGAGGGAACCAUGGCCUUCAUGUUUGAGUCGUCCUUCAGUAUGGCAGUGACCAAGUGGGGUCUACAAACGUGCCAGAGACUUGACAAGAGCUACUACCAGUGCUGGGAACCUCUCCGCAGCCACUUCAAUCCCAACUGGAAGCCCAGCAAACCGUAGUAAAACAGCAUGACACACAGAUAAAGAUAAAACAUUGUAAUUUCACUCUAUUGAAUGUAACUAUCAUUAGUACAUCAAUCCAGUGUUUGUGGCUUUCAUUCUUUGACCAGAUCUACUGGGGAAAUUAUAGAAGAAUUAAACUAUGUAACAGAUUUGCUGUUUAUCGUACCAAAUUAAAAUAACAUCCAGGCAACAUAUAUGGUUUCUGUACAUUUAAAUGUAUAUAAAUGGAAACUGAUUAGCAAUCAGGAGUUUCUAACAGGUUUGGCUGAUAAAAAGGGUCGGCAUGAUCUAACUUUAGACAGAUAUUCCAUUAGUCAGUGUCAUUUCAGUGGCCAUGUGUGAGCAGAUUGUAAUGUGAACUGAAUAAAGACUGUGGACGACUUGGGUCAGA